UUCGUACAAGUACUUAACUGCGUUUCUCGGCACGUGGUACAGUACCGUUAUCCUCCCCCUGUGGUGCUUCGUGUUCAGUGAUUCUGAGCUGGCCCGGCUGCGCAUGCUGCUCUCGUCGGGGAGAGAGUGAGAGUGAGAGUUCAGUUCUCAGGAUUUCAGGCUUUCGACUCCUAGCGAGCAUUUCUACCGUCCAUCGUCGAGACAGUGCCUUCGGCAUCGGCACCUGCAUCAGCUGCCGGAGACCACGAUAGGAGGCGAUGCCUCCGCAUGUUAUAAGAAGGAGAGCUAGGACUUGUUAUAUUUUUCACUGACGACUUCGGACUCGAAAGUCCAUAAUUCUGAGCGAGCUCGCAGGCAACGUGAGAGACGAUUAGUCUUCGCAUCUUGUCGGAAGCGCAUCUUGGGGCCUGAAUCUGAACUCGCCUAUGGAGUCCGACGAGGUGGAGAAUUUCUCGAAGUUCCCGCUCGGACCCGGAGGAAACGCAUCGACUGCACAACUCUGCUGCCAUCCACUGCAUUAGACUCGCUGCUGCUACUGCUGCUGCUGCUGCUGCUCUCGGGGAGAGAUCUGAGGCUUGGACGGGAGUCAUGGAAGAGGAGCAUCGGCGACGUCCGCAAUCACCCGCCACGGUGCACGAAGUCAUGGAGUCUGACGGGGACUCGGGGACCGUCACGCCGACGGGACACUCCAGAGAGCUCGCCGGUUACGUGCCGAAAUCGUCACCGCAUUCUGUAGCCGGUAGUACGCCGGCGGCGAGCCCCCGACACCGACUGGACGAGCUCGAUACCUUACCUGCUCCGCCCUUCAGGCCCAUGGCGAGCGAGUUGCAGCACUCGCCGUCCCUCAGCGACGGCAUCUUUCCCGUCGCCGGGCACACGCCGGAGCUCGACCGGCAGCGAAGCACGGCGAGUCUGAUUCCCAGGAGCGGGCCGUCGCAGCUGCGGCCUCCUCCGACUCCUCCCAAAUCUCCCGCGACGCCCCUAUCUCCUGCGACGCCCAAGUCCCCCGUCAAGGCCUUCGCGUCGUGGGCCACGUCACCGCUGCGCAGCCCGCUGCCGUCCCCGCUGGCCACCACGCUGCGCAACAUGAAGGAGUAUCUGCAGGAGCUCGGGCACCUGACGACCAUCGACCCCCGCGACACGUGGCUCCCCAUCACCGAGUCCAGGCACGGCAAUGCCUACUACGCCGCAUUCCACAACGUAAACGCUUCGAUCGGAUUUCAAGCUCUGCUCUUGCCCCUCGCCUUCACCUUCCUCGGCUGGACCAGUGGGAUUGUGUGUCUCAUCAUUGCUUUCUGCUGGAUGAUGUACACCAAGUGGUUACUGGUGUCUAUGCACGAGUGUGUUCCGGGGAAGAGAGUGAAUCGGUACCUUGAUCUCGUCGAAAUAGCAUUCGGAAACGGCAUCGGUAAACAGAUCAUUGUAAUACAACUCCUGAUCCUACUUGGAGGAACAUGCAUCGGACUCAUUACCAUCGGAGGCAGCUGUUUGCAGCUCUUCUUCCGAACAGUGUGCCCGACCUGUCAGAGCCCGCUCACUCCCAUCGAGUGGUACCUCGUGUUCACCAUCCUCUGCGCCCUGUUAUCCUACUUCCCCAACCUCAACUCUGUUGCAGGAGUGUCCCUCAUAGGAGCAACCAUGGCCGUUGCCUACACCACUCUGUUGUGGACUCUGAGUGUCAGCGUCCCCAGAAUGCCCAAUGUGGGCUACGAGAUUGUCUCCGGAGGAUCCGCCCUGGUCACAACUUUUGGCAUACUCAAUGCCCUCGGCAUGAUCGUCUUCGCCUUCAGAGGACACAAUCUCGUUCUCGAGAUUCAGGCUACCAUGCCAUCCACCUUGAAGCACCCGGCACGCGUUCCCAUGUGGAGAGGUGCGACGGCAGCGUUUGCUCUCACAGCUCUGUGCUACUUCCCCCUGGCUAUAGGAGGAUACUGGGCUUACGGAGACAAGAUGCUGCCGGGGGGAAUUCUGUACUCGCUGAGUUUCUUUCAUGGACAGGACAUAUCGCGCACCCUGCAGGGGACGACGUUCAUGUUCAUCGUGGUGAACUCGCUGGGCAGUUUUCAGGUGUACGCGAUGUCGAUCUUCGACAUGAUCGAGCAGGUGUACAGCAAGUGGUUCGACCGGAAGUGCAACGCGCUCUUGCGCCUGAUCUACCGCACGGUGAUCGUGUUCCUGUGCUUUCUGGGGGCGGUGGCCAUCCCGUUCCUGUCGACGAUGGCUGGGCUCAUCGGCGGCCUCACGAAUCUGCCCGUCACCUUCUUCCUCCCGUCGCUCAUGUACCUGAAGGUCGUGGCGCCGCGCCCCCGCAGCUUCUCCUGGUACCUCAACAUCGGCCUCGGCACUUUCGGCUGCGCCCUCUCGAUCGCCGUCUGCGCCGGCGGCGUCUACAGCAUCAUCGAGACCGGCAUCAAGCUCAAUUUCUUCAAGCCCGCCUGAGGAGGUGGCUACGCGGGGGCUGCAUCCGGAAUUUGCAGCUUUGUCGAUCGAUCCAUUCAUUCUACGAUUCUGCCACCACUCGAGCGACCUCGUGCGCUCGAAAUCGCUUGGAGUUUCUUCCCUUCUCCGCCGCCCCCACUGGAAACAGAUGUGCGACAGAGGUUUGAUAACUCGGUUUGGUACGAGGCUUGUGAUCUCCACCGAUCCAAGGUUCUGGGUUUAAGCCGAGACGAAUUGUCGAGAAGAGCGAUGGAGAAGGCUCGAUGUUUGAGCUAGAGUCGUCAUGUCUGAUGUAUAUAAUUUUGUUCAGAUUUUCAUGACGAGGUUAUGAGACGAAAGCAUUCGAGUCAUUGCUGUUGUACAACGUCAGGUAGGAUGCAGGUCCAGUUUUCUACGAGAUAUUUUGGCACUCUCAUUUUGAAGGUUUAAUUUGCACAAAGUGCAGCUGUUCGCAAUUGUGUGCUUUACGUUUGAGAAGCAUAUGAGAUCAUCAUGCAUGUACAGAAAUAUCACGCUUUGAGCAGAGUGAGUCGAA